AUGAAUAUCGUAUUCUUGGGCACGGCCUCCUGUUUUCCCACUCCGUCCAGGGGCGUGUCCUGUACCGCCCUCCAAUUGGAAGAAGGUCACGUCUGGCUUUUUGAUUGUGGAGAGGGCACUCAGAUACAAAUUCAAAAGAGUCGAAUCCGACCUGGCAAGGUGAACCGAAUCUUCAUUACUCACUUACACGGAGAUCACGUUUUUGGCCUACCGGGUCUCUUGUGUACUUUGGGGAAUGGGGGUAACACUGAGAAGAAAUCGGUUCACAUUUAUGGGCCUUUGGGUCUGAGAAACCUACUAGCUACGACUUUUGAAAUAAGUGGAUCACCAUUGCCUUAUGACUACCACGUCCAUGAACUUAUCCCUGAAUCUUGGCAAUUCCCCACUGAUCGUGAAUACAAUGUCACAGCGUUGGAACGAGAAUAUAUAAACCCAAGAGAAACUUCAACCACGAAGAUAUUAUACGAUCCAAUCACAAAAAGUUGGCCCUUGUUCAAUGAUGGCAAAUACAUCGUUGUGGCUGGAGCUUUGACUCAUCGGAUUCCUUGCUUCGGGUUCAUUAUUCAAGAGCGAGAUCAAUUGGGUUCCUUGGAUGUGAAAAAGCUCAAAGAGUUGGGACUGUCGCCGGGACCAAAAUACGCCUUGUUAAAGAAUGGAAAACGUGUGGCCUUGGAUAAUGGAGACGUGAUUGAACCUUUGGAUGUGACGGGUCCAAUCAAAAAAGGGCGAAAGAUCGUAAUACUCGGAGAUACUUGUGAUAACUCACCCAUGACACAUUUGGACAUGGAUUGUACCAUUAUUCUCCAUGAGGCUACCAUGGAAGAGAGCCUGAGGGAGAAGGCCAUACAGUAUGGGCAUUCCACGCCCAAAAUGGCCGCUGCAUUUGCCGCCGAGAUCAAUGCCCAAAGACUUUGUCUGUUUCACGUAAGUCCGCGAUAUCGACCGAUUUCAUCGGUGACGACUUCGGAAAACGAGGAAGAUGCCGAGAAUUUGUCGGCAAAAAUUUUGCUAGACGAGGCUCAAAAUCAUUUGACCAAAAUGGAGUUCAAAUGCGGACUUGAUAUUGCAGAAGAUUUUGGGGAAAUAAAACUUUGAACCAUGGUGGGUUGACCGUGUGCCUAUCCGUGCCUAUCAA